GGGAAUCAGAACAGCUUCAGAAUUGCUUCCCAUGUUUUGACUUGUUCAGUUAAACUGUGAAUGUUUAAUUAGGUAUUAAAACAAAAUCGAAGUGUGAAGUGCUGCCAGUUUUAAGUGUUACAAGGGAACAGAAUGUAAGUGGUAGAAACUGAGUAAAUUGAUUGACUUUUUAAAAAAUUAAGACUAUAAUUGAAAUAUUGACCUAAAGAAAAUUAGGUACAGCUCAGCAAUUGAAUGUUGCUAAAGUGAUCCCAACUAUCAGAGCUUUUAGAAGAUUAAGCCCUACCUGGUUGCUUUUCUGUAAAGUAGGGGCAUAGCAGAAUAUGCAACUGUUGCUUUUGAAAAGUGUAAUUUUAAAAUGAUCUCAAUGAAGAACUGACUUCUCUUAACUGUAGUCUAGUUUUACUAAUUUACAAACAAAAUGACUAAAGCUUAAGUAUACCAUGAAGUUAAUUAUUUAAUAUUCCUUCUCCCUAGGAGCUCUCUAGCCUCUGCAGAUAUAUGGUUUGAUGAUAUAAGUAGAUGCUUAUCUUUAAAAUCCAUGAGGGUAGUUGAUACUCUGCUUUUAGAAAAAUGGCCUUCUAAUGUCUGUCUUAGUUGGUAAAUAGUAACACAUACAAUGAGUGCCCACCAAUGACAUUGGUGCUUUGGAACAUUACAGAGGCAAUCAUUUGCAUAGUUCCUGAUGAUAAUUUUACCGCUAUGGACCAGCGACUGUUAAAUGUCUCCAUUCCCUCCUCCUUUUUGAAUGGGAGUUCUGUUAAAAUUAUUUUGUCCCUUUCUCAUAUAUUGGGUGUUUGGGGGAGGGGAGACAAAGAACUUUUUUUCUUAGUUAUAGGUCUUCAUGUUGAGAGGAGCUGUACCCCAGGAUCCUCAUUCACAUGCAGACCUGGUGCAGAUGACAAGAUCCUGGAUUUUGAGCCAAUGAUGUAAUGAGAUGAGGCUUUGGGAAAGCGAUAUUAAUUGUUAUCACCAGAACAGCAAGAGAAGCAAGUGAUAGUGAAAAAAUUCUGGCCUCAUUUUUUAGUAAUAAUUAAGAAUACAAUAUUUGAACUGCAAGAGUGAAGUGUAUGUGGGCUGGUAAGGAGGGAAAGGAGUGGUUGGGAGGGUGCUGCAUUGAAGGCCCAGAGAGAAAUAAACAAAGGAGGAAAUUUUACCCCACAUUGCUCAUGAAGGGUGUACUCUGUUUCUAUAGCCUUACAACAUUGAUUGUACAGAUAAUGCAAAGGGUAGAUAAGAUUAUGCAAAGAUUAGAUUCCCAAGAUGGCAUUUGCCCAUAAGCAUAUCAGUAGUGAAAUGAGGAAUGUGGUUUAUUAUUGUGGGAAAAGGUUUAUUAUUAAUAGUAAGACACACUUGGUUUUAAAUUUCUAUUCUGCCACUUACUGAUGCCACUUACCUUGGGCAAGCUAUUUAACACCAGUUGGAUAGUAUCUUAUAAUUUUUUGUUUUUGUAUAUUAUUUUGGGAGUAUGUCAUAAAUGUACUUGUUGGAAUCCUUAACUUGUCAGUGGCUCACUCUAGUGUGAAAGGAGGUUGGCCUAGAAUUAUCUCUGACAUUAGAGGUCUGAAGGCUAUUUAGUAGAAACUGAAGUUUCAGCCCUAAUGAUUGAUAAUGGCAUAUAAAAAUGGCCCUUCAGCUACAUAAUUCCUGCUCCUAGUCUGAAAGGAAUUUAUGAUGUUUUUUUUUUUUUAGAAUGGAAUAAAAAGCAGAAGAUUGGCUCUGAUUAUCUUGCAAGCUAGAAAUUCCACUUUGAACAACUAACUUACUGUUUAUGCUUGAAUCUCUUACUAGUUCACCAGGUCAGAAUACCUGGAAGGGCUGAUAGGUUUGAGUGCUGCUUCUGAGAUACAAACCCAGAAUCUAGGUGUAGUUACAUUAAGAAGGCAGCCACUAUGAAGUGUCCAAUCCUGAGAACCUGUAAAACGACAAUGGAGUCCAACCCUGUUAGGAAAAUCCCAAUUAAUUCUAUUAGAGAGUAAAUCCCAGAUCCCUUUUAUCCUGGUCAUUAGACCUUGGGCUAAAAGGAAGAUAUUUAACACUUGCUGUGUGUCAGAUACGGCUGGGUCAUUCCACAUAACAUUAUUUUAUUUAAUCCUUGUUAUUUCCCUGUGAAAUACUUUGUGUUUUCCCCAUUUACAAUUCCUCAAAUGCCCAAAUUUUUACUCACCUUUUCAGCUUUUAUAUAUCCUAUACCCUCCAUCUGGAAUGGUCUUAUUCCUACUCUUUGCCUAAUAAAUCCCUGCUUGUCCUUCAGAGCUCAUCUCAGAUGUUACUACUCAAGGAAGCCUUCCUUACCCCCAGAAAAGCAAAACUUGGCCAUAAAACACCUAAAAUGAAGAGCCCCCGAACUUUUGAGGAGCAAACGGAAUGCAUUGUAGACUCUCUACUCACAGACUUCUUAGGUCCCACUUGUCAGGUUGCCAACCGGACCCUACGUUGUGCAGACGAACCAGAUUCAGGAGAGGUCUGCUCUUUUGAUGUGGCCAUCAUUGUUGGUCGCCUUCGGAUAUUGGGUGACAAGUUCAAUGGAGAAUUGGAAGCUCCUGCCAGAAACAUCAUCGCAGAAACCAUUCAGGGACAGGCAGGAUCUGUACUUCAGGACACAGUAAAAUCUCUCAGCAAGGCCUGGUGUGCCCAGGAUUCCAGCUUGGCUUAUGAGAGAGCCUUUCUGGCAGUGUCAGUGAAACUUCUUGAAUAUGUGGUCCGCAUGACUCCUGAGAUGGCAAGACAGGUGGCUACGCCCAUGACAAAUAUGAUCAGUGGGAACACUGCCAUCCGAGAGUAUAUCCAGGGCCAGGGAGGUUGGGAAAAUCUGGAGAGCUGAAGAAGAGGUGGAGCUGUUUUCCAGCCUGAAAAAUUUUGAUCUUCUUUGACUGAUCGGGUGAUUGAUCUCUGGCAAUUAAAACAGAAACAACCAAAUCAAAACCCUCUUUCUCUUGGACAGAACUGAACUUAGCUGAAUAACCUGUUUUCUACUGAUUGUUAAAGUUAGGAGCAGCUCCCAGAGGUCUAUAGAGAUUUUAUACUUUCUGUUUUUACAUGAGUUUUAAUGAGGUUUUGUUGAAGUAGAGACCUCCAGAUUUAAAAUAAUGACUUGUUAGUAGUGGAAUUCCAGGCAACGGGGCAGGCAUUUGCUGGAGAUACUGUGGGGAAAAGGGAGCACACAGUAAACCAUUCCUUCAGAUUUAGUCCUGUCCUCUGGUAAGGAUCUUGUCUACUAAUUUUGCGGUCUAAAGGGUUUCAGGGAGAUCUUUGGUUAGAAAACCUUGUUAUUUUAAGUUGAGGAUUUUCUUUUAAAUUCAUAACCUAAAUCUCAUAUUAAUUUCACCUGAGCCCAAUUAUUUUAUGUAUUUUCAAGGCUGGAAGCAAAAAAAUAGCACUUUGUUCAUCUGCUCUUCUACUAGGAAGGCCAAAGAGCGAUAAAACAGUUGCUGUAUUUUUAUUGCCACAGGAUGCAGGAAGUGCUGGCCCACUUCUGGGACAGUAGGGCCAUCCCAGCUUAGAUGAGGCUAGCUACAUACCACAGUGUUUUUCAAAGUGCAGUUUACAUACCACUUGCAUGUGACCUUAUACGUUGCUGGUUUCUAGGCCCCAUCCCCUAGAUAUUCUGAUUCUGUAGGGAAGGGCUGGGGCCUAGGUUCCUAACUUUUUAAUCAGAUCCACUGGUGAUUCUAAUGUACACAUAAAUUUUGAGAACCAUCACUUUAGAGCAAGGGUUGGGAAAUUAGAGCCCACAGGCCCAAUCAGCCUACCGCUUUUUAAAUUUUUUUUUUGUAAAGAAAGUUUUAUUGGAAUGCAACUACACUCACUUGUUUACAUAUUAUUCAUGGCUGUUUUAGCAUCGCAGCAGCAGAGUUGAGUAGUUAUGGCAGACACCAUAUAGCCUCUCCUGUAAAGCUUAAAAUAUUUACUAUCUGGCCCUUUAAGUUUGCAGACCCCUGCUCUAAAGCUAAAUGAACAUUUCUCCUUGAGUAAUUUAAACUCUGUUGCAAUCCUGAUAAUUCCAAACAGAACUCUAGAUAGGAUAAGUCCUUUUUCAGAAUUUAGUCUGAGUGUUUGUUAGUUUUUGCGUAGUCCACAGUUUCUCUAGAAUCUUUGGCAAAAGGAGUUCGGUGACUCCUGAGUAUUCGAUAGAAGGUAUAUAUUUCCCUGGCCCUGCCGCAGGUGAUUGGAGGUAAAGCAUAUGGUUUCCAUGGUCUGUGUCUCUCAAAACAGUUCUUAAUAAUCUCAUAGAUUAGUAGGCAGUCAUCAAAUAGAGACUUCUUCAUCUCUAAGUCCCCAAACCAGACAAUUUACCUGAACAUCAAGAAGAAAAUCACUACUAAAGCAUUGCUAUAUCUAUUUUUUUAAGAGAGGCGUUAAUGGCUUUGGCUAAAGUUUAACAAAGUUAACCACAUCCCCUCCCUUCACCCAGCCAGCCAUCUGGCUCCCCUAGAUGCACCGAAAUAAAGCUGUAGUGCUGUUAAUGUAUUCUGACUUUUUCAAGUUAUGCUAUUUCCUCUAUUCUUCAAUAAAUCACAAUUAGGUAAGUAAUCCAGAAAUGAGAUUUCAUGUUUCUCUUUAGAAGAAAUUAGCUUUUUUUGCUACCAAUUUAAGACACUUGAUGUAUUCCUUUGUCCCUUACAUUACUGUAAACUCAGCCUGGUGAGUUUUGUGGUAUUUGACCUCUUAGGUGAAAUCAUUAUUUUCACUUUGACUAAUGCUGUUCUGUUCAUGAAAUAAAAUUCUUCUCUGUAUGCAUUUGAACUAAUUCUCAGCAAGUGCAAUCUAAAUUGAAUGAUAUAGAAAUAGGGAGCAGA